GAAACCAGCACUGACUCUGAAUAAUAGGAAGGCCGUGUUGUUUAUCUAGAGGUGAGGGGUUGGACAGAGAGAGCCGCAUUCUUCGCCAAAACUUUUCUAAGUCUCCCUGUCCUCCCCCCUCAAAGCAGCAGCAGUCAGCGGUGCCUCGGCCCCCUCUUCUGUGAAGCACCGACCAAGGUCAGCGGCAGUGGCCGCCCGCGGGAGUUGUCAACGCGGCACCAAACCUGCGCGGACCCCGGCUGCCUCCUCACAUGUGACUUUGAACCGCUGGCUGAGUAAACGCCGGACCACCCGCCGUCGCUGUAUGGAUGGAAGAAGCCCCUCUAACGAAGGAGUGAAUGAGCCACACAAACACUAGCCUAACGUCAAGUUGUGAGCAUUAAGACGAAGUGACACCAUGUUGGGAAACUCAGGGUGUUAUGCUAACAAGAAGAGGAAGAAGCCUGUUCUCAAACAAAAGAAGCUCUCUGCAGGUAAUGACGUCGUUAAAUCAAACCCUUCAAAACGCCACCGGGAUCGGCUGAAUGGGGAGCUGGACCGGCUGACGGGCCUCCUGCCGUUUCCUGAGGAGACUUGCUCUCGUCUGGACAAACUGUCGGUCCUACGCCUCAGUGUGGGAUACCUGCGGGUCAAGAGCUAUUUCAAAGCGACCAUGAAGAACAGUAGCAGCAGUCUGAUGUUUCCCAGCAUGAACGGGCAGAAUGGGAACAACAUGAACAUUGCAGGCUUCUCUGAGGGGGACCUCCUGCUCCAGGCGUUGAACGGGUUUGUGAUAGUGGUCACGUCAGAGGGAACCGUCUUUUAUGUUUCUCCCACAAUUGAAGACUACCUGGGCUUUCAUCAGUCGGACGUGGUUCAUCAGAGUGUGUUUGAUCUCAUCCAUACUGAUGACAGGGCCACGUUCAGACAGCAGCUUCACUUUGCUCUAAAUCCACCAACUGCUGGCGAGACUGGAGAUGGCCUGCAGAGUUGUGGUGUUGCAGUGAUGUACAAUCCCGAGCAGCUUCCCCCAGAGAACUCAUCCUUCCUGGAGAGGAACUUUGUGUGUCGCUUCCGCUGCCUCCUGGACAAUUCCUCUGGAUUUCUGGCUCUGAAGUUCCAGGGGCGACUGAAGUACCUCCAUGGCCAGAAGGUAUUGAGUGACAACGGGGCUUGUAACCAACCUCAGCUGGCACUGUUCAGCAUUGCGGUGCCUGUCCAGCCUUCAUCGAUUGUGGAGAUCAGAGCUAAAAUGCUCCUCUUUCAAAGCAAGCACAAGCUGGACUUCACACCCUUGGGCAUCGAUAGCAGGGGGAGGGUUAUUCUGGGUUAUUCAGAGACUGAACUGUGUAUGAAAGGCUCUGGCUACCAAUUCAUCCACGCAGCCGAUAUGAUGUACUGCGCCGACAACCACAUCCGCAUGAUUAAAACAGGAGAGAGCGGUCUGACUGUUUUCCGGCUCCUGAGUAAGUCAGGCGGCUGGGUGUGGGUGAAGGCCAAUGCCAAGCUGAUCUUCAAAGGAGGAAGACCUGAAUUCAUCAUUGCAUAUCAGAGAGCUUUAGUCAAUGCCGAGGGUGAAGAAUAUCUACUUCAGAGGAGGCUGCAGCUUCCUUUCAGCUUCACCACAGGAGAGGCUGUCCUGUACGACACCGGCCCCACGGUGGAUGUCGCACAGUUUCAGUUCAAUAAAGUGUUUCGCAACAAUGACAUGGUCACGGAUGUGACCCCCGGCUCUCUGUUGGACUCCUUCCUGAGACAGGACGAAACAGUCUACACUCAGACAAUUGAAGCCCCCUUACCUGUGGAUCAGGUGUUCAUGGACAGCCGGGCCCUGGUCACCAUUCCCGGUGAAAGUGGGGCCACAGCCACAACAGGUGACGUUGCUGUAGUGAAAGACAAUGCCAAGCAGUCAGUGAUGACUGUGAUCGACAACCUGGAAAAAAUGGCUCAAAAUGGUGACCUCUGCUCGGUGCUGCAGAAUCUUGACGUCGCUGAUGCGGAGCUGAUGGAGUGGGAAAACACCCUCAAGAGAUUCAGUCAGGACGAGACUCAGCAGAACAGUGUCAGUUCUGAGCUGGACAGCAUCCUCACGAAUGACUUAUUUGACUACAUCGAUACAGUUUUGUUCAAGGAGAAGGGAGAAGAUUGUCUUAGUGAAAGCCGGCUGCCUCCCAGCUGUCUCACAGCAGUCAACAACAAUCAGCAGGACCCCUUCACUCAGGCUGCCCAGCUCUCAGCCACUGGACUCUGUGAUCCACAGCUGUUUCAGACAGUGAGCCCUGAUCAUACCUACUCUCCGAUGAAUGGUAUCCACUCUCACAAGCAGGAGUGUACUCAGAUAUUUAGCAGCACCCAGAAAGUCUCCCAUCAUGGUCCCCUGACUCCAGCUGAGGGUAACCUGCCUCAUCUUAAACAUCUGCAGCUCCAGGACAUUUUCAGCCCUUCUAUAGAGAUCCCACUGCUCACUGUCCCUGACGCCUCAGCUGAUGAUGCCUCAGCCCUUUUCCAGUCUUGUGAGCAGGCAUCUAUCACCAACAUGGUUUGCCAUCAGGGGAUUUCUGGACAGACACAGUCUAAGCAACUUCUGCUGUGUCCUCAAAACAAGUUGCAAGCUCCUGCAAUGGCAGCAAAUGGACAGUUGCUGCAGAACUCUGCUAAACAACCAAACAAUGUAGCUCCUGGCGUAAUGGACAUUUUGCCACCCCUGAUUCCUUGCAAUGACUUAAAUUCCUCUAACACACCUAAUAUUACCAUUCCUUUUGCGGCAGCACGUCUGCAAGGAAGCCCCCCUCUGGAAACACACAACCACCAGGUUCAGCAGUGGCCGCAGAGCCAGCAGCAGACGCUGCCCCAUGCUGGCAUCAUGCAGAAUGGACAUGAGCUGAUGCCAGCAUGCUACAGCCAAACUUCAGAAAGCCAAACAUUCCCACGUGCUGGCCCUUGGCCAAGUAGUGUCCCUGGACUGAACCACGCUCAGCAGGGAGGGCUGGCAUGUGGCCAGGCAGCUACUCACAGCAGCUGCAUGUUCAACCAGCACUUUUCCUCCAGUCCAGUAGGAGGCAACGCCCUGGCUUUCCCAGGGUCUUUGGGCCGGAGGGGGGCUGACAUGUCUCUGGAUCAGAGUCCUCCUCAAGGUUCCUGCUACUUCCAGUGGAGCCACAGCGAGCCUGUGGUGGGCACAUCAGCCAUCAACCAGGAGAACGCCACCACCAGCCCUCUGACAGCUCCGCUCAGCAUGUCCUCCACAGAGCUAACAUUCAACUUUCAGCACUACCUGGAAUGCCACAGACAGACACAACAGGACCAGAGAGCCUCUGCUGAAUGCAGUGGAAUAUUUGCCGCUCCUGCUCCUGAUGUAACCAUGAACCUCUCAGAGUAGAAACCAAGCCAUGCUGUUAUUUCUCUCGCAACAAAUCCAGGAGGAGGGCAAAACACCGUAAAGUUUGCCUGUAUCAGUGCUUAUCCAACAUUCUCAUACUGUAUGUUAUGUACUUUGUCUGUACUGUUUAAACGUUGUUGCCUGUCUGUUUUUAGUGAAGAUACAUAAUAAUGAAGUAUAAAGCCACAAGUGCAUUUACCAGGAUGGAGCCAGCUAGGAGGAUUGGUCAAGUGAAUCCAAAUAGCCAAAGAAAUUAUUUUUAUAAGGGAAACCAGAUGUUGUCACUUCCUUGUUUUCAGCCAGGAACAAUAAUUUAUUUUCCAAGUCUAAAUAACUAGAAAUAAAUUUAAGUGUAAAUCACAUUAAAAUCACUGUUAAAAUGAGGAGGAAUUUUUUAACAUGAUCAUUCGAAACUUUGAUGUUGGAAGAGUGGAGACUUUCUCCAAAAGAAUUGUGUAAAGAAUCACUAAACCCUCAAACUGAUAUUAUUACAGCUACAAUACUAUACUCUAUUUUUUAAGAAACCCUAAAUGUGGUUUAUGUAUUCACUGUGCUAGUAUCUGUUUAACCACGAGGGCUGCUUUGGCUCACUGAAAUCUCAGAUUUACAGAGUACAUCAGCAUGUGGCACAGGUUUAUCUGUGUGCGGUAUAAAUGUGCUCUCAUGAAGGAUGCUUUCCACUUGGGGAAAAAAAAGUUAACAUGUCAGGAGUAAGCAGAAGAAAUCACAAUCAGGAAUUUGGUUGACACCAAACUGCCCGUCUGAGGUCAGAUUUACUCUGUUAACAGGUUAGGAGCUUCCAUUUAUUUAGGUCCCGCAGUGGUAAAUGCAGUGUGCAAUUCAUCGAGGAUAGCCUGAAUCCACGAUUAAACAAAUGUGAUCAGUAUAUUUGUGAUAUGCAGACUUCAGUGGAGCCACUCCCUAAAUUUGGAGGCAGCAGAUGAAAUGAACAGCCUCCAACAAGUCUGCUGCAGAAUUUACACCUGCUGUAAAACUCCAUGACCUUCACUCACAGGUUCAGGUCAAUCUGCAGCAGUCCUCACCCAAAUACACUCUCCCACAGGAUCUUCAUAGGAACACCCUAAAAUACAUAUUGCAGUAUAAAUGUUCUCGUGCCUUCACGCCAAACAGACAGCUGAAGUGUCUCCAUAUAAAUAAAUGUGUGCCUUUGUUUAUGAAGCAUCUUAAAAGAAUAUUUUCCUCUGUAGCUCUUGUUUUUCUAAGGCAAUCCUUUAGAGCUGCACGACUUCAAGGGAAGCCAUGUCCACAGGACACGCAGCGUCCUCGCUGUAUAUUAAUAAGGUUUUAUCCAUGAGCGCAUUUCAAGGCUCUGGCGAAAUUCUUUAAGUCUAUUUUCCUUUACACAAACAUCCUUAACAAUGGAAACAAGGGAAAACACUUAACUUCAGCUGUGACCAGUCUCUUAAGAGAUGGUGAGGUUUCUUUCUUUGAUGAACAGAAUGAAAGUGUACCAAGCAGAGGUUUCGACAUUGAGAUGCAUUCAGAUCAUAUUUACUCUGCUGUGUCUGUUUCCUGUCUGUGCUCUUCAGUCUAGUUUGGCUGCAUUUAUCUGAUGUUGUAAUAUUCACACUACAAAAACCGCAUUAAUGGUCUGGAUUAACAUGAGCAAGAACAGCAUUAACAUGGCAGCUUUAUCAUAUUCCUGCUGCACUGUGGGGAGUCACUCAGUAUUUUACCUUUCCUUAACAAUAUAUUGUGUAUGUUUUUACAAAUAUCUUUCAGUGCAGUGCUUACAAAAGGAAAAAACGACCAUCUUAAUUGAAAUCUUAAAGAAAAAUAGCAAAACAUUUUAGGGCACAGAUUAAUACGUGUCAUGGUUGCUCGUUGUUCUUUGUUGUCUUCCCUUUGUCGAGGACCUCGGUGUGAAGCAGACUGUGGAGGCUGAGGACAGCCUGUAACCCACCUUGGAUGUUGGACUUUGAUACUGACGUGUCAUGACUGUAGCCACUAUGAAAAAACACCUGGAGCCAAAUGUUUUGUUCACCGCGGUGUUAAUGUUUUGUGCCUUGACAGUUGCCAUAUUUCUGAUUAUUUCUGGUAAUCCAUUUGUAUUUCGCCAUGUAAUUAUCAUAUCUAUAUCAACCCAUAUGUUAAACAAAUAACCACCCUUUGUCUAAUGCUUUUUCAUAAAUACAUGUGUGCAA